AUGACUGCGUAUAAAUUCAAACAUGCGAAGAUCACAGUCGAUUGCUAUCAACGCAAGGACGUUCUGUACCAAAUCCAGAUUGCGGCUGAUUUGAUGGAUGCUAAGUCAGAGGAGGCAUUUAUGGCGUGCCUGGCUACCGAGGAAGGUGCUAACAAGAUGAUCGAGUUGAUAACGCAGUUAAACUUUGGGCCUUCGCGUGCGCGGUCCAUUCUGUAUGCGGUCGCUAAUUACUUAGAAUCUACGACAGCGGUUGCGGAGCCGAUUUGCAAUCUUAUCCGUGACGCUGCUAGAGACUUUAAAAAGAUGGAGUACAGCCAUCAGAAGGGCGUCAAGCACGACACCACUAAGUGGAACGAGCUCCUCCGCUCAGCGGAGCGUUUCGAUCUUACGAAGGAAAUAGCUUCGUUUAUGAAUGGAGAGAUGUCGUAUCUCAGGGCGUGUAUUUACACUGUCAGGGUGCUACUAAUCAACGAGCCGAUUUCGCGGAAGAAGAUUUUGUUGCAACUGACUAUGGAGAGUGUGGCGGCAUUACUCGCAGCGGAUGGAAGCGUGGUUUUGCCUCCACGCGGCAACGAUGGCGCGGUGCACAUGAGGUGGAGACAGUCCACAAAAGCAGUAGUGAGGAGGUUCGUUUCACUCUACCGCAACAGGAGCGAACGAAGAUUGGCUUCGCCCUUUCUGUUUGCGGGAAGUAGCGAAGUCGAACCGUGCCACAUCAAAAUGCGACCGUCGUUCAAUUACUACCGGGUAGCCAUGAACAAUAUGUUGGCUGGUCGUCUGCCGAACCUUAUAACAUCGGCUGCAAAAUACCAGGGCAUCACAGAAGGAACGCUGAUGGCGUCCCUGUACCAACCUGUCCUGGAUAAACUACCUACUAGCCGCACCUCCUCAAUUUUGACUUACGACGAGUAUUACGAUGAAUGGGAAGAGUCCUUCACAGACCAGCUUUGCUGGGUUAUUGAAGUAGACGACCUCGAAGUGGAGGAAUCUGACACAUCGGAGAGUGUGGACGAGUGUGUUUCCGACGAUGACGAUUGCCCGACGCCUAUUGUCGUGCACCGGAAUGGUGAACGGGUGUCGGAUAACCAACAUAUGGUAAUUUACGAGCCGUCACGGCCACAAUCAGGUGCCACGUUUACGGUGACACUUGAUCCGAAGAAUCCUGACGAAAUCAUCAUUCGUCGGCACCUCUGA